AUGACGCCUCAGCCAUUGGGGAUACUCGACGGUAAUGCUAAGACUAGCAUGAGAGUUCCCAAUGAGUUUAGCAUUUUCUCGUGUGAAGCUCUAGCCAUUAAGUUGGCAUUAGAGAGCGUCACCGAUGCGAAUAGCGUCAUUGUUUGUUCGGAUUCGGCGAGCGUCCUCAAAGCUGUAGAGGGUGAUAAAAUUAAACACCCCAUCAUUCAAGAAAUUGAAGAGCAGCUGAGAGGAAGUAGUGCGACACUAUGUUGGAUUCCGGGUCACACCGGGAUCCCGGGAAACGAGAAAGCCAAUCGGCUUGCUAACGAAGGGCGGAGCGGUUCCAUUACCAGUAUGGGUAUGCCUGGUAAGGACCUCAUUAGAAGGGCAAACAAUUCCAUUCUCCUCACUUGGGAGGCUGAAUGGAAUCGUGAAAGGGACCUGCAGUUUCGUAAAAUUAAAGCAUCAACCGGCAAAUGGAAGGACCGAGCCAACACGUAUGAACAGCGAAUUCUCUCGAGUCUUCGCAUCGGGCAUACGUGA